AAGAAGUACAAUUGGUUGCGAGUUGGGGAGGGGGGGAGCAAAAACCACGUGUCUCAAAGGAGUGUCAAUGGAUGGAAACAUGCGUCACCGCCUGUUUCAUGACAGAGAGUUAAGGGGCGAUCAUGACGGGCCAGACAAGAACAAACCAAAGGAUAUAAAUUGGUUACGGUUUCACAGACAAGGUAUCAGUUGAAGAUAAUCAACUAUCACAACAACAUCCAAAAUCAUCAACAUGAAGGCUUUCGUCGCUGUCCUCUCCGUCUUGGCUUUGGCCGCCGCUGAUCAAUCCAGCCAUCAAACCAUCAAGCACGGCAAUGCCCCGGCUGUCCACUCCUCCAUCCACAAGCCCCAUGGUGGCUCUCAUGCCCAUGUGGUGAGCCAACCCUCCGCUCAACCCAAUGAGGUCAACCAGGCCUACAAUGAGGAGAAGUACACCGCUGCUGCCCACGCUCCCAGCCAUGAGGUCCGCACUCCCGCCUACCAUCCAGCUCCCCACCACGCUCCUGUUCACCAUGCUCCCGCUUACCAUGCCGCUCCCGUUCACCAUGCCCCUGCCUACCAUGCUGCUCCCGUUCACCACGCCCCUGCCCCAUACCACCCAUCUCCUGUCCAUCAUGCCGCCCCUGUCCACCAUGCCCCUGCUCCUUAUCACCCUGCUCCCGCUCAUGGUCAUGCUCAUGGUGAUGAGUAUGAGGCCGCCCCUGUCUACCAAUACGGUUAUGCCGUGGCUGAUGAUUACUCUGGAUCCAACUUCGCCCAAAACGAGAACCGUGACAACUAUGCCACCAACGGCGAAUACCGUGUUGCCCUUCCCGAUGGUCGCACCCAAAUCGUGAGCUACAGUGUUGCCGAUGCCUACUCCGGUUAUGUGGCUGAUGUCAGAUACGAGGGAGAGGCCAAGUACGAGCCUUACCAACCCGCUCACAAGAACGCCUACCAUCCUGCUCCUGCUCCUGCUUACAACGCCUAAACUUCAUGUUGAUGAACUAUUUAUUGAUAUUAUUUUUUAUUGAUAAAUACAAAUGGAAUCCUCAGACAAAAAAAUGACAAAUCUAAGAAAGUUGGGACUGUACAGUGCGCAGAGAAGGUACGAGAGGUAUCUGAUACUGUACGUCUUCAAAAUCAUCCAUGAGCUUUGUCACAACCCAGGAUUUAGGG